CCGAACGGCGUCUAUAUAAACUUCCGUCCUUCGAUCCCGCGCACCAAGUACCUGACCACCAUCCGCGAGACCUUCGCCAACCCGUGCCGAGUUCCCCCCGACGCGCGCGACAACCAGUUCUUCGAGACGCUCCUCCCGGAUUCGCCUCCGAACCAGGAGUUUCGCUUUUAUUGUCGGACGGUCACCAGUAGGAAAAGUGAAAAGGGACUAAACCAUGCCCGAGCCCCCGGAAAUUUGACGAUGAACGCAUAAGCGUUUUGAACGGGAAACUGAAGAUCGACAAAUUUAGUGCGCAUUAAUUUUCCUCGAGUCCUCCGAGCUCGCCCCGCGGACCUAAUCUUUUCCGUUCGUCCUCCGAUCGCGGUGAGACCCGAGAGUUCGAGACUCAAUCCGUUCGGAAGCAGCGAAUCACUUGGCCUCGUCGCUCAACGAAAAACACAACUUCAAAGGAAAAAGUGAAGCGACUUCUACGUUGAGCAACCAAGGGAAGGAAAUUUGUGGAAAGCGCGGUUGGCCAUAACAUUGGUUUUCAGCCGCAGAAGAUCUUUAUCCUCGCUUAAUUUUUAGAAGGUGGUUUAUGCUCAAGUUUCAAAUGGCGGAACUUCUAAAAGUGGUAUGCAUAGGAACAGUGAUGCUGAUGCUCUCUGGCGGAGCCGCAGGCUACUACAGGGGCCUCGAAGAAGAGGUUGAACAGAUCGACGCUGUGCCCCCGGACAUCGAGAGCUCCCCGUACCUCCUGCCCAAGCUGAGCCACCACUUCGCGCCGUUCGAUCCACAGCCCCCCAAUGGGCUCUGGAAACACGUCUCAGAUCCCAACCUCUACAUUCUCUCCGAGAGGGAAUCACAAGAUAAGGAGGGAGAGUUGAAAUCGAAGCGGAACGGGCGGAACGGGCUGACGGGGAACGGACCGUCGCUGUCGAUCGUGAACCCGCUGGAGGUGCUGCGUCAGCGGCUGCUCCUGGAGAUCGCGAGGCGGCGCAUGCGCCAGUCGGAGGACCAGAUCCAGGCCAACCGGGAGCUCCUCAAGACGAUCGGCAAGAGGUCGCUGGCGCCCGAACGGAGACGAGACCCCGGCCCCGCGCCCAAGGAGCACCGCGCCAACCAACGCCCGGACACCGAGAACCACAGCGCCCACUCCGAUAGGUGGAACAGGCAUACCUACAAUUACGCAGAGAACGCUUAAAUCGCACAAACCUACAUUCAAACUCUCGCUUGUGAUGAAAUUGGAGCUUCCAGUAUUCCAAACAAACUAAACUCUACCGCCAUCCACCGUUCCGAAUGGAACCAAAGCACACUAUCGAGGAACCGCACAAACAACGCUAAAAUCAUCAUCAUUCAGAUCGGUCUUUCGCUAACCCGCCAAUUUCUAGAGACCCGGGCAUUUCGACGUGAUUUCUUGGGAACUCCUUCAAAUAUUGCUGCGGCAACACACGUUGCACGAUGAGCUAUGAAGUUUGGAUGUGAUCGGGUGAAUUACUGUUUUUAAAAGAAAAAAGCGAAAUGCUCAGGUUAUAUCUUUCUUUGCCGUUCUCCAGUCAAUAGCUGAUUUAAUUAUUCUCGCCACGAGACAAAAAAAAGUUAGCCACUAAAUAGAGAAAGGUUUAAAGUGCUUCUGGUCUUACUUUUCAAUCCCUCCCGAAGCAAAUGUUAAAAUGGACUUCAUUUAGCAAUCAGGAACUACAAUUUCUGGCUCAUCUGUAAAACGCCUAUGUACAUAAAGGAAUUAAUGGUGCAUAUGUUAUUUCCAAACUGAGCCAGAAAUUUUAGUUCCGAAUUGCGAAAUAUAAUCCAAAUAAAGGUUCCAAAAAAAUAAUGAGGUAGGGUAUGGAAAGCUUGUGGAUCAUUCUCAUCAUUUUUUCCGUUUUGAAACAGCUAUAAGUUUAGAAAAUUGUGUACCUUAAUGCUUCAAUUAAACUUACUUUUAGCUUGCUCCACUACAUUUUUUCAUUCCUCGUGCACAAUAUUUAAGCCCAGCUCAACAGGGGUACCUAUAACUACAAACUCUGACGUAACGCAUGAAAGCGGAAUUUCUUUUCGAGACAAUGAAUCACUAAAAAAAGAAAGUAAUUUUAUCUUGAUUAUGCCCAAUUUCAUUACUUAUGUUACUGUAGAUUUUACAAUGUGAUUUGAGCCAAUCACUGUAAAUUGGUUAGGUCUCUUAUAAAUAUGGUGGGUUGGUCAUUUUUGGCUUAACAUGCCGAAAUAAAUAAGUGGCCGCUGACUAAAGUACACACAAUUUGAUUUUUUUAGUUUUUCUUAGCUUUGCUUCAGUUACCAUGUUAUGUGACCAUGUGACCAUGACUAUUCAACAAAUUAACAUACAUUUGAAUUAGGGGACAUUAUAAUCCUUGUUCUGAAUAACAGAACCUCUUUUCUUCUCUUCAAUUUAACAAAUACUUGGAACUUUGUUCUAAUACAGAUCAAUGUAUCCCUCGUCUCCAUUAAAACAACAGUACAACCUUGCAAACACAAAGCCAUAACUUUAAUAGCUUUGCUCCAAAUCAUAGAGUUGCUUCUAAGGGUACUACCUCUUCUAUAUUUACAUGCUUUCAAAGUUUUGCUAGUCAUUUGAUGCUUCAAUUUUUCUCAAAAAUGUGAAAGCAGUUUGGUAUUUUAAUUUCAGGGGUGAGUACAUUGUUUUUGAAUAAAUUUACCUCCUGCUGAACCAGCAAAUUGAAAAGUUCUCUAUAUUUUUGUGAAAUAAUUUUUCACUUUCAGGCUGAAAUAUUCUGAAAUUAAAUUCAUUAAUGUAGUGGAUGUUUUUUCAAAUAUUUUUUAUUUUUAAUGCUAAUGUGGAUCUAAUAAUCAUAGGCCACCAUUGUUUUUAAAGCUGUGUAUCUAAUUUUUGGAUGAUUCUGAGAUGGAAAAUUAAGAAUUCAUUGAAAAAGUAUUUCUUCAAAAUACAGACUACUUCUUUAAUUUUUCAGACCCCCUCCUCUCCUUACUUGCGAGUUGAAUUAUUGGUCCUCUCGUAUCCUUAAACGUUUUCUUGAAGCCUUGGACAAAACUCCCUCUACAAUCCUUUGUUUUUUCCGUUGUUUUAUAAAUUGAUUUGUUCGUUUCUGAUGCGAUCCAAUUGAAAUAUUCCAGAGAUUUAAACACAACAACAGUAGGUCAUAAAAUAUUAAAUUUUUAAGGAACUCUUCUUUUGAGGCUUAGCUGAGAACAGCAAAGUCAUCAGUGUUAGUAAUAUUUUUGAAUUAAAACUAUCUACAUUUAAUUGUUUUUAAUAUCUCUGUAGUAAAUAUUAUUAAUUAACUUGAUGUAUAUUAGCUUAUCUCUCUUAAAAGGAUUUGAUUUGAGGAGCGUUUCGAGAGACAGCUGUAUCAAAAUGUUUCAUGUAACUGGCAGUAAUAUGAAGUCCUAGGGACAAAACGUGGGUUAAAGCGAUAGGAUUUUUCUCGUAAUUGUUUUCUCGAACACAUCUCUUGCCAAAAAAAAAAAAAAAAAAAAAAAUAAUGAUAGGAUGUCAUUAAGUAUACUAAAUAUGUAUAUCUCUAUAAAUAGUAUUGAAAGAAACAUAUGAAAGCCACAGAAACGGUGCAGUUUUCAAAAAGCUGAUAUGAAUAAUUAACUUAAUGGCAUCUAAUAGAAGAUUUCGUCAAGAAGUCCAAUUCAUUUUCUUAUGUCGGUAUUAUGAUUGAUUUGUUGCUUCUGAAGAGCCAGUUUAAUAUUUACAUAUAGGCAAUUUAUUUUCUGAAGGAAAUUUAGAGAUAAUUAUUACAAAAUUAAUCUUGAGGAAAUUGAAUCUAUACUGAGGCAAAUCAUAGAUAUGGUGCAUGAGCUUUCUGCGGAGGUUAUCAAGUCAAAGUUUUUUAAAAAAAAAGAACUAAGUUUCAUUUUUGGAUACCUCGGUAAAAAAAAUGAUGUGCACUAAGCUAAGAAUUUGAUUACUUGCUGCUGGAAACAGCUUAAAAUUCAAGAGCUCUAGAUUUGACAUCAUGCAAAAAAUGCUUGUCCCACAAACAUCUGAAUUGAAUUGGAGAAAGAGGGGUGGAAACUAAUCUUACCUAUUUGAGUGUCUAAUACAUUUUAACAAAGCUCCAACGCAUAGAUUCUAAGAAUAUUUUUUACUCUUUUACCGAGCUGGAGUGAAGUUGAUAGGUGAAAGGGCACUUGCGAGGUUUUCCAAACAUCUGGGAAAAAUCAUUACACCUUCAUACUUCAAAAGUAAAACAGGAGCUCCCCAAAGUGUGGGAUGUGCUGUAAUGUACAGAAAUAUGUUUGAAAAAGUGUAAGAAGGUUAAUUUCAUUGUGGACAAAUGUUUACCUAUCAACAAAAUCGGUGCCUGGAACUGGAACAGAAUGACUUUUGCCCCUGCAAAUGAUUCCAUUUGUACACCUCUUAGUGUUCCUCUCACUUUCAACCCCCUCCUCCCUCCCCGAAAAAUGUAGAUAAUGCAAGAGGGGAUGAAAGAAAAGAUCCCUAAUCAGAUCUCAUUGAAGGUUAUUCCCAAACAGAAUUUUGUUGCAUCUGGUAUUGCAUCCUAGCCACACUCAAUAUGGAGGUGAAUGCAAGACUGAGUUACUUUAGUUUGCUGCUUGCUGGCAUGUUGUAAUUCCACGUAGUUUCUACCCAUAAUUCAAAAGCAUUAGUUACGUGUUUUUAUUUUUCAGUUUUUGUCCUCUGUAAUUUGUGUUAACUAAGACUUUACUCUUAUUAAAAAAAAAGAAAUAAAAAAAGAAAAAGCAAAAUAUAAAAUCAGAACAAAAA